UCUGCUGGUUUCUAAACAGAUGUAAUGUUUAAGUAAUUUGUGCCCAGUCACACUUCAUGUAAAAAUAUUCCCCUAAUAUUACAACAACAAAGGAAUAACUCAAACUACGUCACUGUCAUCAAUCUAAAUGACGCGUGCGUAUGUGUGAGAAGAGCGAGACGGAGGGGGAGGAGAGGGUUGGGGGUGAGCGCAAGUUGAUGAGUGAACUACUGACUAGGAGUAUAAAAGCUUUCCUCUGAACAAGAGGAGGAACAAGAAGUCUGCUCUGCAACACAGGACAACUUGAGCAGCCUGUGACCCAGCAGCAUCUGAAGCUCUGAACAGGAACAGCAUGCUCUGGAGAGUGGCUCUCGCUGUGGCCGCGCUGUGCGUCGCUGGGAUAUGCAGCGGCGUGAAGGCUGAUGUGAUGGGCAGACUGGUGGUGCCGAGGGACUACGGGGUGAAACUGUGCGGGAGAGAGUUCAUCAGAGCGGUCAUCUUCACCUGCGGAGGCUCCCGGUGGAGGAGAGACCUGGAGCCUUUUGCGUUGGCUUCUCUUACGGACGACGCAGCGGACGACGACCAGCACAACUGGCAGCGCGGAGCGGAGCUCGCGGACGACCACGUUUCUCUCCGCUCCACGGUCUCGCUGUCAGACCUCCUGGCUUUUUAUGUGGACGACAGGCAGCAGCAGCAGUCGCUGACUGGCCCGGCCCCACUGGACAAGAAGUGGCCCCCAGUUUUAGGCAACCAGGAAGGCCGUCGUGGGCUCAUACCCAGCAAAAAGAAGAGGAACUUUUCUCUGGGCGUAGCAGGGAUGUGCUGUAGCCAAGGCUGCACCAAGCAUGAUAUCGGACGCUUGUGCUGAGGCAGGGAGGAGAGGUGGCAUGUUUAAUAGUGUAACUAGCUAAUCCCACUUAUCUUCCUGUACAAAACACACAAAACACACCUCACUACAACUUUAUGUCUCUAUGUUCUUUAUUCUCCUUACUUGAUAUUUUGUUAAUAAAGUUUUACUCUA